CACCUUCUGACCUUGGGCACCGAGCAGCUGUGCGCGCUUUCAUCUCAAAUCACCAUGUUCUCGCCCUCAAUAUACACCGUCAGCAUAUUCCAGCUUGGACUCACCUCCGCCCUCAGCGCCUACGGCCUCUACCUCUCCUACCAAAACAUAACCCGCCUACAGCAGUACGAAGAAAAGAGCCAAAAGGCUGCAGAAUGGUCAAACACGGCUGCGCAAAGACUGCAUAAGACCAGGUCAACACAGACUAGCGGCACUGUGACACUACUACUUAGUUUCCUUACAUCCACCGCCCUCGUCAUAAUCCCCAGCCUUGCAACCACGAAAUUACUCAUCUGCGCUGGCGUUGCAAAUGCUGCAGCUGCAUAUCUCUCCCGUGUACAUAUGGCAAACUUCUGGAACGACAAAAACCAGACCAAAAUCCCGUUUGUCGAAAAAUUCAAUGAAGCGAUACGAGGAAGCGAGCUCGUGGUACUGCUACUCGGUACGUUGAGUUUGGCAUGGGCGGUUGCAGGAGGAGUAUGGACGGGUAUGGCUAAUGGCGGAUCGGGAAUACUGGGUCUGGGCGUUUGGGGAUUGGUUGUUGGUGGAAGAGUCAUGUCUAUUGCGCCGCAAAUGGGAUGGACGAGUAGUGCGUAGUAUCAGAAGGUGAAGCAGAUCGACGAUCCAUCGUAAUUUCAUUUGAUCGUUUGGGUAUCCAAAACAUUACAUCAAGAUUUACUCAUAUGUUCCAU